UGGCAAUGCAGAUCGGAAUAACAGUUUUGGACUUGGUCCGAUGAGCCAACGAGUCUGUGUUCUCGGUAUUGGCAUAGUAGUUGUCUUAUUGUUACGAUGUCCCGAUGAAGACCAUUCUUUGCCAUCGGAGAUCGGAGUUGCUGUUGGUAAGCUGUACCGAUGAUUCGAUGGAGUUGCCUUAGGCGAUCGGGUAUCAUCGGACCAUCGGGUUUACCUUCUGGAUGUUAUGCUAAUGGAUGAUGGAGCAGAGACCGACUGCGGGAGCGAGGUCGAACCGAGAUCCAAAAGAUCGAUUCUCAGAUACCAUGUAUGAGGCUGUCGGUGUAAAUAAAUACGAACUGACACGGUUGUCUACUGCAUGUGGGAUAACUGUUUUUCAUGAUUGCAGACUGACACAGGCAGACGGUUAUACUCUGAAAAACGGCCGAGCCGUUUGGUAUUGAAAACCGACAGUAAUCCAAAAGAGAGAGUGGACGAAAUCUUGAGAGCUGAGGGUGUGUUCUGCGAAGUGUUCGAUCCGGUUGGUUGUAUGUCUGGAAUGACUGUGUAACAGAGUGAAGGAAACUUGCAGAUGAGACUCUAUUGUAUUAUUUUAACAUACUGUUAAUAAAGUCGAUCAUUUGCCGGUGGUGGGUUUUUCUCCCGAAAGGGUUUUCGCACGUUAACUCUGUGUGUUAUCUCUCUGUGCUGCUUUUGUGCAUGUUUUUACUUGUACCAUAUUCUAUAAAUGUUGAAGUCUUGUCUACACUAGUCUGUGGAGAUCUGUGUCUCCACUGUGAAUUGACAUUUAGGAAGCGAAUUCCGCACUUGCUUUCCUAUCACUCUCGUGGCCAUUAAAAAAUCCAAGCAAGCUUUGAAUCUAGAGGAUGACCAUGAGUUUCUUAACGAAGUUUCAAUUCUCCCCCAAAUAAAUCACAGAAACAUAGUGAAAUUGUUAGGCUGCUGCAUCCAUACUCAAUUUCCAUUGUUGGUAUCUGAAUUCGUUCCAAAUGGAACUCUGUUUGAACAUUUACACUCGGAGGAGAGUUCUUUGCCAUGGUCUUCACGUCUGCAGAUUGCAAUCCAGACAGCAGAGGCUUUGGCAUAUCUACAUUCUGGAGCAUCUCAACCAUUUUCCACCGGGAUGUAAAAUCAUCUAACAUUCUUCUGAAUGAGAGGCUCUCUCCCAAACUUGCAGACUUCGGGAUUUCUCGUCUCAUCUCUGCUUCCAAUAAGACACAUCUCACCACUAAUAUAAUGGGCACGAGAGGUUACUUAGAUCCUGAGUACUUUCAAACAUAUCAACUCACUGACAAAAGCGAUGUAUACAGUUUUGGUGUAGUUCUGGUUGAGCUUUUAACAUCUCUGGAACCCAUCUCCAUAGAAAGAGUCAGUGACGAGUGGAAUUUAUCUAAUCUUUUCCUAUCCAGAUUUAAUGACAACCGCCUCACAGAAAUCUUGGACAGCAAAGUAUUGGAGGAGAAAAACCUCCAGCAGAUGAAAGAUAUGGGAAGGUUAGCGAGAGAAUGCCUUCAUUUGGAAAGGAGGAAAAGGCCAUUGAUGAAAGAGGUUGUCGAGGAACUUUUCUGGAUAAGAGGUGGGACAAGAAAAACAAAAUUCCAUGACAGUUGAAACUGUGACAGUGCUAUAUUUGAGCAGACAACAAUUUUCAGAAAAGCACCACAAACUUCAUAUGAAUUCAGGAGUUAACACUUUUCCAUCUGCAGUUGGGAGUCCGUCGGAGGAACCAUUCACUGCACUGAUUGAGAUGUCGACCCUGCCUCAACAGGUUGACUUCUAAGCGGAGCAUUUCUAGUCUAUGUUUAAUGCAUACCGACUCCUCAGGAUUAGGAAGUUGUACUCCAAACUUAUUCCUCAGAAAUAGGAGGUAUUACAAUUUUAUUUUCUCUGUUUAGAAAUAGCUUUAAGUGGCUCAGGAACGUGGAUACUAAAAAUAGAUAGAGUCCUAUUAGAACUAAGUGUCUUGGUUAGCAAAGAGAGGGCUAUUAAGCUGAAGAUUGGUAACGAGUAAAGGGGAAUAGA